GCGGUCCGGGCGGCGCCGCUCUGGGGAGGGAGGGAGGCAUGGCGGCGGGGCCCGGGGGGGAGGGCUCGAGCUGCCGGCUGGAGUUCACCGUGCAGAUGAGCUGCCAGGGGUGCGUGGACGCCAUCGGCGCCUCAUUACAGGGGGUCCCAGGCCUGCGGGUGCUGGAUGUGCGCCUGGACACGCAGAGUGUGUUGCUGGAGACCAGCCUGGGGGCCGAGCAGGUCAAAGAGCUGCUGGAGAGCUCAGGGCGCCGGGCCGUGCUCAAGGGCAUGGGGGGCAGCAUGACUCAGAACCUGGGGGCAGCGGUGGCCAUGAUGGCAGGGCCCAGCCUGGUGCAGGGAGUGGUGCGGUUCCUGCAGGUGUCGCAGGAGAAGUGCCUCAUCGAGGGGACCAUCGACGGGCUGGCACCGGGCCCCCAUGGACUCCAUGUCCAUGAGUUCGGGGACAUGACCAGCUCCUGUGAUAGCUGUGGGGAACACUUCAACCCAGAGGCGGAGUGUCAUGGGGGCCCGCUGGAUGAGCACAGGCACCUCGGGGACCUGGGGAACGUGCUGGCUGACAAUGACGGCAGAGCCACCUUCCGCCUGGAAGAUGCCCGCCUGAAGGUCUGGGACAUCAUUGGACGCUCGCUGGUGGUGGACGCAGGCGAGGACGACCUGGGCCGUGGUGCCCACCCGCUCUCCAAAGUCACUGGCAACUCGGGCGAGAGGCUGGCCUGCGGCAUCAUCGCCUGUUCCGCCGGGCUCUUCGAGAACCCCAAGCAGAUCUGCGCCUGUGACGGCGUUACCAUCUGGGAGGAGCGGGACCGCCCACUGGCAGGGCCGGGCAGGAGGGUGCCCGGGCAGCCGGCCCCGCACCUCUAGGGUCCCGGCCAUCGUGUCUGCACCGCGCAUCUGUCCGUCCAUCCCAAACUCGCUGGGCACCAGCUGUGGGGCUGGGCUGGAGAGGGGCGCUUGGGUCCUUCUCUCAACCCCUGACCAAAUCCUCCGUUCCUGAAUCCUGCCCUUCGCUCCGAGCCCGUGGCCUGGCUCCCGCCUCGCUUUCUCUGCUGCUGCUUUGCUGAAGGGACUUGCAACUCUCGGGGCACUCCCCAGCGCCUCUUUUUGCACUAACCUCAGAGCCUGGGGGCUCUGGGUGAAUAAAACCAAUGUCACUGCC